AUGAGUCUCCUUAGUUGGAACUGCCGGGGAAUUGGGCACCCCCGGAAAGUUCGGGACCUUCACCAAAUGGUGAGGGAGAGACGGCCCACCUUUGUGUUUCUUAUGGAAACCAUUUGCUCUAAACAGUACAUGGAUAACAUUAGGAGGAAACUGGGGUUUGACAGCGUUCUUGCGAUUGAUCUGGUUGGUAAGAGCGGUGGUCUAGCCUUUUUGUGGAAUUUGGACUCUAACAUAGAAGUGUAUAACUAUUCUAGAAGACAUAUUAAUGUCAUUAUUAAAGACAGGGAGAAUAACCCUUCAUGGAAGCUCACGGGUUUCUAUGGCAACCCGGAUACAUCUAGGAGAGCUGAGUCAUGGGAACUUCUACAAUUUCUAGACACCUGCCAGCCGACUCCAUGGUUAUGCGCGGGCGACUUCAAUGAAAUUGUAGAACAGGUGGAAAAGGAAGGCUGCAAUAGCCGCAGGGAAUCCCAGAUGAAUGGAUUUCGGGAAGCCAUCGAGUCCUGCCGCUUAAGUGACUUGGGAUACUUGGGAUCAAUGUAUACAUGGUCCAACGGUAGGAGGGACAGGCAGGAUCAAGGCAGGCAGGAUCAAGGCCGGACUCACAGGACUUUCAAAUUUGAAGCUAGCUGGUUGAGUGACGGGGAAUGUGGGGAAGUUAUAAGUGAUGCCUGGAAUAAUGACAACUCUUUGGAAAUCCCUUCCGAAGGGAUUCAGAGGAGAUUGGGCGACUGUCAAAGGGCUUUGCUAAGCUGGAGUGGGCAGAAAUUUGGUAAGGUAGAGGACGACAUCAAGAGGAAAUCCGAGCAACUGGCAGAUCUACAACGAAACGAGUCCCCUGCAUUGAGUACUCAGAUCAGGGCCCUUAAGAAAGAAAUUGAGGAUCUUCUCGAUUUCCAGGAACUGAAAUGGAAGCAGAGGGCUAAACAGCACUGGCUUCGGUCAGGGGAUAGGAAUACAGCGUUUUUCCACUCUUGGGUCCAACAUAGAAGGAAAAUCAACUCCAUUAGGAGUGUGACUGACGAGCAGGGCAGAGUCUGGAGGAAGAACAAAGACAUUGGCAGGGUGUUUCUCAAUUAUUUUGAGGGACUUUUCACUUCUCAAAGUACGGGUUCGGUCGAGGAAUGCACCAACCUGAUUGGAACCAGAGUUACCGACGACAUGAACAACAGGCUGCUGUACAAUUUUACUGAGGAAGAAAUUCAGAAAGCACUCUUCCAGAUGCAUCCCCUGAAAUCCCCCGGCCCGGAUGGUUACCCGGCAAUUUUCUACCAGAAAAAUUGGUCUACGGUGGGCAGAGAAGUAUGCAAAGCUGUGCUGUUUUACCUAAGGGAGGGACAUCUUGAUGAGGAGAUUAACAAGACCAACAUUGUUCUCAUUCCUAAGGUAAGCACUCCAUCCAAACUUUCGGACUAUAGGCCAAUCAGCUUAUGUAAUGUCCUAUACAAACUAAUCUCCAAGGUUUUAUCUAACCGGUUGAAACUAAUCCUUCCGGACAUUAUUUCCCCUGAGCAAAGUGCUUUUGUCUCGGGCCGAUUAAUCUCCGAUAACAUCUUAGUGGCUUUUGAGACCCUUCAUACUAUGGCCACCAGACUUUCGGGGAAGGAGGGACAUAUGGCUAUCAAGCUCGACAUGAGCAAGGCCUAUGACAGAUUGGAGUGGGAUUUCCUGGAGGCUAUGCUCCGGAAGCUUGGUUUUGCGGACCGAUGGGUCAAACUUAUGAUGAUGUGUGUUCGGUCCGUUAGGUACUCCAUCCUUAUUAAUGGCAGGCCCUGUGGGAGGAUCGUUCCCUCGAGGGGCCUGAGACAAGGCGACCCCCUAUCACCCUACCUAUUCAUUCUUUGCGCCGAGGCCCUUAGUUCCCUGAUUCGUAAUUCGGGAAGAGCUGGUGGAAUCACUGGGGUUCCUAUCUCCAGGGGGGGGACCCGUAUACACCAUCUUUUCUUCGCCGAUGACAGCUUGUUAUUCUGUAAGGCCAAUACCAUUGAAUGGGGUCAUAUCGAAGAAAUUCUGGACCGCUAUGAAAGGGCCUCAGGGCAGAAGAUUAACAGGGAGAAGACUGCUAUUUAUUUUAGCAGGAAUACCCCUCCAGGGACUCAAGAUGAAAUUCUGUCAAGGGUUAGUGCGACUCAAGUUCAAAGUUUUGAACGAUACCUAGGACUACCGGCUUUAAUUGGUCGGUCGAGGAUAUCUUCUUUCAAUCAUAUCAAAGGAAGGAUUUGGGCUAAACUUAAUGGUUGGAAGGAAAAAUUCCUCACACAAGCAGGGAAAGAGGUCCUGCUAAAGGCUGUUAUCCAAGCAAUACCUACAUACACUAUGAGUGUGUUCAGCCUUCCUAAAACCCUAACAAAAGAAAUCAAUUCUAUUAUGGGGAAAUUCUGGUGGAGUUUCAAGGAGAACUUUAACAAGGUUGCAUGGAUGUCUUGGCAGAAAAUGGGCCGGAGCAAGGAUACGGGGGGCCUAGGCUACAGAGACCUUGAAAGCUUCAACAGGGCAAUGCUCGCGAAGCAAGGCUGGAGGCUGCUGAAUUGGCCGGACUCUCUGGCUGCCCGGGUUCUGAAGGAGAAAUACUAUCCGGGUGGAACUUUUUUGGAAUCCAAUCUUGGGAAGAGGCCCUCCUAUGCAUGGAGGAGUAUUUGGCAAGCAAAACCCCUCCUGCAAGAAGGCCUCAUAUGGAGGGUGGGCAACGGAUUGAGAAUUGAUUUGUGGAAGGACAAAUGGAUCCCCACUUCCCCCCACAAAAUUCUUGAUCCCGUUCGGAUCAUUCCUAAUGAGGCUAAGGUUGCUGACAUCAUAGAUCAGGAAGCCAACUGGUGGAACAUCCCUCUUAUUAAACAAAUUUUCCCGGAGGAAUCGGUGGAACAGAUUUGCAGCAUCCCUAUUAACCCUCGCUCUCAGGAGGAUAAACUUAUUUGGGCAGGAACCAAGAACAACAGCUUCUCGGUUCGCAGCGCCUACCACCUAGAAGUGGAAAGAAGGGGAAGGGGAAGUUGGAGCACUUCCGGCCUCCAAUCUGCUAUCCCUAUUUGGAGACGGCUAUGGAAUCUUAAUCUACCUCGGUUCAUCCUAAUUUUCCUAUGGAGAGCAUGCAACAACAUUCUACCUACAAAAUCUAAUCUAUACAGAAGAAAGAUUGUUACUGACCAGCUGUGCCCGAUGUGCAACUCUGACGCAGAAUCCAACGGGCAUGUGCUCUGGAGAUGCGAUUCCGCCAAAGCCGUUUGGGGAUGUUGUAGAGGUCUGAUUCAGAAGACUUCGGUAGAGGCGGAGGACUUCUUUGACAUCUUCGCAGCACUCUCAGUCAGAUUGGGGGACAAGGACUUGGAGCUAUUUGGGUCGAUUGCUCACAAAAUUUGGGCCCGGCGUAAUAGGGUGGUCUUUGGGGGUUCUAUUUUGCCCCCUCCUCUUUUGAUCAAAGAAGCCACCGACACCAUCGAAGAUUUCAGGAAAUCCCGCGAGAGCCACUCGGCUGAAGGGUCUGGAGGGCAGGCUUCGCAUACCAGAUGGGGGAGACCGGCGACAAACAGCAUCAAGCUCAAUUGGGAUGCCGCGCUGGACAACCGGAAGAAAACCAUGGGUAUGGGCAUUAUCGCGAGGGAUCACAGCGGGGAGGUGAAGGCGGCCAUGUGUGACGCCAUCCCCUAUAUCAGGGACCCAAUCGUGGCAGAAGCCCUAGCGGCAUGUCGCGCAGUGCAAUUCGCCCAUGACAUAGGCGCCCAAUCGGUGGAGCUGGAGGGAGAUGCCCGCGAGGUCAUCCUGGCCUUGGGAAGUUCUGUGGAGUCUGAUUCCAUGGUUGGGAACUUGAUUCGCGAAGCCAAACACAAGCUUGAGAACUUCCCUUUCUGGAGAGUCUCUCACGUGAGACGUGAGGGAAACAGGGCUGCUCAUGCUUUAGCUAAGUUUGCUACUUCUCAUCAGUCUCAUUAUGUGUGGCUUAAUGUCUGCCCCAGUUGGUUGUUGAGCAUUGUAAUUGAGGAUUCUCUUUAA